UCAUAUCAGAUUUAGCUUCCUGAUUGUGGCAGAUUAGAUGUCGCUGGUGAGUGAAGAAGUCUUAAAAUUUGAAUGAUCCUGGUCGGAGUUUAGCCUCACAGAUUUACCACUCUGGAAAUAGAUCUACAAGCCGUUGUAGUUUAGUGGAUUUGUUCUGUUUCUUCAGUACUGCACGGAACUUAAUACCCGCAUAUCAGAAUGGACGACUCCAAUAGCACUAUUGACCCGAGUUGUUUACAGGAACCUCCAUUGGCCAUUGAUAUCAUAAACCAAAUGGACGUUUUUGGGAUCAUUCUAUAUUCAGUACUGACACUCAUGGCUGCUAUGUCCUUGCUGGUUUACAUUGAAGAGUGUAUCUACAUCUAUAGGAAAGUCCCAUCUCCCAAGAAAACCACCAUCAUAUGGGUGAAUGGUGCAGCACCAGUCAUUGCCACCAUGUCCUGUCUAGGGAUGUGGAUUCCAAGGGCAACAAUGUUCACCGACAUGACCUCGGCCUCAUACUUUGCCAUCGUGGUGUAUAAGUUCUUGAUCCUGAUGCUGCAGGAGUGUGGGGGAGAUGAGGAGUUUCUGAGGCGCUGUGGGAAGGGUCAAUUCCGGAUUAGCACAGGGCCCUGCUGCUGCUGCUGCCCCUGCCUGCCUCACGUGCCCGUCACACGGAGGACACUGUUCCUGUUGAAGCUUGGAUCGCUCCAGUUUGCUGUGCUGAAAACCGUCUUCACCAUCCUGUCCAUUGUGUUGUGGACCAAUGGGAACUUUGACCUCUCUGAUCUGGAGAUAACUGGAACUGCGAUCUGGAUCAACCCGUUCGUGGGGGUCCUGACCAUCAUCGCGCUCUGGCCUGUUGCCAUCAUGUUCAUGCAUGUACGAAACACCUUAAGAAGCCAGAAGAUCAUCCCAAAGUAUGCCAUGUACCAGCUGGUGCUGGUCCUCAGUCAGCUGCAGACUGCUAUCAUUAACAUCCUGGCCUUGAAUGGAGACAUCGCCUGCGCCCCGCCAUUCUCCUCCCAGGCCCGUGGAUCCUUAAUGAGCCAGCAGUUGUUGAUUCUGGAGAUGUUCAUCAUCACACUGGUUACCCGGCUGUUAUACCGGCGUCACUAUGACCCGCUGCCCGCUGCCAACCUCCACGAGGAUGACAAUGCCGAGAAUGCAAAGAUCAUCCUGCAGUCUGAGAACGGGGACAACAUGGCGUGAGAGUGUGAGCGUGCGUGCGUAUGUGUGUUUCUCUGACCCCUAGAAACGGCAAACCAAAGUAAUUCAA